AAAGUGGAUGUAGCGAACCACAAACUGAAGUCUUUUUUUCUAGGCAAUGCUGAACCCAGCAAGUGUUUGCCAGACUUGACCCUCGCCAAUUUUUCUCUCACCCUCCCGGAGCUUCACCGCGUUUUCUUAACAUACAAGCACUGCCGGAAUUUUCUAGGCAAUGCUGAACCCAGCAAGUGUUUGCCAGACUUGACCCUCGCCAAUUUUUCUCUCACCCUCCCGGAGCUUCACCGCGUUUUCUUAACAUACAAGCACUGCCGGAACUUAGAGGUCUCCAUUGGUGGCAAGCACAUCAGGCUGGUAUUCCUUCUGGGGCGCUCGGAAACCAAAAUCCAGGUGCAGCCCCUGCACCAGCUGCUGGCUUACGAGAGCCAGGAGUUUAAUGACAUCUUGCAGUGGGAUUUCAUUGACAACUUCUUCAACUUGACCCUCAAGGAGCUGCAUUUCCUCCGCUGGUUCACGGAGGACUGCCUGCACGCCAGGUUUGUGCUGAAGGGCGACGACGAUGUUUUUGUCAACACUUACAACAUCGUGGAGUUCCUCCAAGAGCUGGACCCUGAGCAGGAUCUCUUUGUUGGGGAUGUGAUUGCCAACGCCCGGCCCAUCAGGAACACCAAGGUCAAGUACUUCAUUCCAGAGUCCAUGUACAGAGCCUCCUUCUACCCUCACUACGCGGGUGGAGGGGGCUAUGUAAUGUCUAGAGAGACAGUGCGCCGCCUGCAGAGCACCGCCGAGGAUGUGGAGCUCUUCCCCAUCGAUGAUGUCUUUGUGGGAAUGUGUCUGGCAAAGAUGGGGGUGACUCCGAAGAACCACGCUGGCUUCAAGACUUUCGGGAUCCAGAGACCUUUCAAUGCUUUUGAUCCGUGCUUGUACAAAGAGCUCAUGAUUGUGCACAGACUGAACCCGACCGAGAUGUGGAUCAUGUGGACACUGGUGAAGGAUGACAGCAUCCGGUGUGCGGUGUCAGUAACGCACAGCUACAGAGGGGGCUGA